GACUGUCACUUGAGUGGUGGUUGGCGCAGAGCGAGUGUCACUUAACAUGAUAACAUAAACAAAUCCUAUGAGGGGAACAAGGCGACCUGUCCUAAAGCACUUGCUCUUUAUAUCACGAAAAAGACAGUAUAAUUCUUGAUAUGGAGAACGGUGCUGACGAUGGAGCAGUUUUAGCAACACUCAUAAAGUGUGUAAACUUUGCUGCAGUUAAACAUAAAGAUCAGAGGCGAAAAGAUCCAGAACAAACCCCUUACAUAAAUCACCCAAUUGGUGUAGCAAAUCUUUUGGUGGAGGGUGAAGUGAAGGAUAUGGCAGUAUUACAAGCUGCUAUUCUUCAUGACACAGUUGAAGAUACAGACACUACUAAUGAAGAACUUGUUAUGGAAUUUGGGACUAAGGUAGCAGGAAUUGUGGCAGAGGUGACAGACAACAAAAACCUAGAUAAACAAGAGAGAAAGAGACUCCAGAUUGUGAAGGCAGCCUCAGCAAGUAAAGAAGCCAAACUUGUUAAACUUGGAGACAAACUGUAUAACCUGCGUGACUUAGAUCGAACCACACCACAUGGCUGGACACAGGAAAGAGUAGUAGAAUAUUUCCAUUGGGCAGCUGAAGUGGUAGCUGGCUGUAGGGGUAACAAUGAGUUCCUGGAAAGAGAGCUGGACAAGCUGUUUGUCAAAUGGAAAGUAGAUAUAUAAUAUCAAAUAGAAGGGGACUAUUAGUGGUGGGUGCCUUAAGGUAUCAAAACACUAAGGCCUGGGCCAGAACCCAGGGGCAAGGUGGCUAGUCUUUAUGGGAAUUUUUUUUUAACUGAUUUGUCUAUUAUCACCAGUUAUUUGAAAUAUCUGCACUUAGUAAAUCUUAUAUUUCAAAAAAUAAAAAACUUUUAACAGAUAUUUGUAUGGUUUGAUCAUCUUGAAAUUACAUUGAUUAAAGAAUGGAAAAUGUAGCCAGACUUGGAAAUACAGUACAGUACAGUACAUAUGUAUAUUUUGGACAUAGGCAUCAGGCCUGUGUAUCAAGAUUUUCACCCACUGGUUGGAAAAUUAUUGGUAGUGAAUGAUGUGGGCUAGUGGUGCAGGGCAGAUCCGGGGGACCCCUUUUCAUAAGAAAAUUCCAACACUAUCUUUAUUGCAGUAUUGUACUUGGUUUUUUUUUGUACUGUAUAGUAAAAAAUACUGUAAUUACUAUUGACCUCAAAAUAUAUUUUAAUAUCAAGUGCACAUGGCCUCAAAAUGGCCUUAAAAUGCCCAUGAUAUUGUUCAGAUUAAAAAAAAAAAAAUUGGGGGAUUACAGCACACACUCCAAAACCCCCCAGUUGGGUGGGUUUGCUGUGCUCGUCAUGUUCCCCACCCACACUUCUUGGACCGCUUCCCCAACCUUUUGAUAUUCCUGAAUCCGCCCCUGUGGUGUUACUGUGCAUAUGUAAUUGAUGACAACUUGUGCUAUGCAGUGCAUGACCAGUCAUUUUUCAAAUAGUUGUAUUUUGUUUAUGAUCAGUUUUUUUUUGUUUCUAUAGCUAAACUAUACAGAAUGUCAAAUUCAGUAUAUGUUCAAAAUCCUGAUAAUGUAUUCAUUAAAUUUUCACAAUUGGCAAAUACAAAGGUUUAAUUUGGUUUUAAAAUACGGUACAGAAUAUUGAUACAGUACUGUACAUAUAUCCCAACCUCUGCCAUUUGUCAGUUAUCAUACAUCAAAUGCAAAUAAAAUUAAAAUACGA